GCUCCUUUCUCCCCCGCCGCCGACUGCCCCAACGCGACAGGAGAGCCGCCGCCGCCGCCGCCGCCGCUUCUUCGAAUCUCUCGGCCACACCGGCUGCUGGACUGGCCGUGUGGAGAACGGCGGCCAUUUCCGGCGGAGCGGGACCUGCAACCCUGCUGCUGUUUCUGCUUCAUGAAUGCCAGUGUGAGCUGAGGUUGCAUCUCAGCUACAGCUUUCAGAUGGGGGCAGCAGCAGCAGCAGCAGCACUGGUUCUGGUCAUGGCUGGCCUCUUGGGAGCUGCAGCUGCCAGUGUAGGCGACAAGUGUUCGACGAGUGCCGGCUGCGGUGCCGGGCAGUGGUGCUUCGACUGCGAGCCGAAGCUCGCCGGCCCCCACUGCGCCCGCUCCACCGCCACCAACCCCUUCCAACUCGUUAAUAACUCGUUGCCAUUCAAUAAGUACGCCUACCUCACGACGCACAAUUCAUUCGCGAUUGCUGGGGAACCGUCGCACACCGGAAUUCCACGCAUCACCUUCGACAACCAGGAGGAUACAGUCACCGAUCAGUUAAAUAAUGGCGUUCGCGCGCUAAUGCUCGACACAUAUGACUUCAAAGGAGGUGUAUGGUUGUGCCAUUCCAGUGGAGGCAAAUGCAACGAUUUUACUGCAUUUGAACCGGCAUUGGACACAUUCAAGGAAAUUGAGGCGUUUCUUUCUGCCAACCCAUCUGAAAUCAUUACGUUGAUCCUGGAAGACUAUGUUCACGCGCCAAAUGGCCUGACGAACGUGUUCAAGGCCUCUGGUCUGCAAAAGUACUGGUUUCCAGUGUCAAAAAUGCCAAAGAAUGGUCAGGAGUGGCCUCUUGUCAGCGAAAUGGUCACAAGCAACCAGCGCCUCCUUGUGUUCACCUCUGCCAGAUCGAAGCAAGUCACAGAAGGAAUCGCGUACCAGUGGAAUUUCAUGGUUGAGAACAAUUAUGGCGACGAUGGAAUGGAUGCUGGCAAAUGCUCGAACCGUGCGGAGUCCGCGCCCCUCAACGACAAGACCAAGUCACUGGUCCUCAUGAACUACUUCCCAUCUGUCCCAAUGAAGCCGACUGCGUGUUUGCAGCACUCCAGGGGCCUCACUGGCAUGUCUAACACAUGCUACGGCUCAGCUGGAAACCGAUGGGCUAAUUUCAUCGCAGUUGAUUACUACAAGAGAAGCGAGGGAGGGGGCGCGUUCCAAGCCACCGAUCUGCUCAACGGCAUGCUCCUGUGUGGAUGCCAGGACGUCAAGGCUUGCCAGCGAGGAUCUAGUGUAGUAUGCUCUGCCUGAAUCCGGGAGAGCUAGGACAUGUAGCAACUGCACAUACAUAGAACAAGCGGAGAACUGGAGAUGCAUGGUGCGAUGAUUUAGUCUCAAGAUGAGACAAGACAUACUCUUUUUUUCUUUGUGGGUAGAAGAAAUAUAUACUUACGAUUCAGAUUCCCCGAAACCGAAAGUUGAAAAAUGAGUGGUUUCGGCAACGGAUAAAUGGUUAAAAUGUUGGGUAGUGCAUUACAACUGUGAACGUGAUUCGUCAACAUGCUGUGCUCUCGGAGACGUUGUAGUUGUGCCUGGUGGAAUAUUUGGCAUAGAUUGAUUACACAUCAAGUACUGUUGCUAUAUGUUAAUUAUUAAUGGUUUGUCAUUAUGGUUAUUUCUUUCA